AUGACAAUACGACCACUGAAACGCCCGAAACCACGCCGUCGGCAGUCGAAGCAAGCUAAGGCGCGACAGUUAACAACCCAACAGUUGAUGAGACAGCAGCAGGAGUUACUGGAGAAGUAUGAGCAACGGUUGAAACAACUGCAGCCGAUGGAAUCAUCGGAGGAUGAGACAUCAUUUACGAUCGCAGGCAAAGGAGCUGAGCGACCUGGGAUAGGAUAUCAGUCUCCAAUCGUACUUUCGGAGCCUCUCCGAAGGAAAUACAGCACCUUCCAGAGUUUUUCCUGGACAGCAACGAGCAGCACGAAUUAA